ACAAAAAGAACUAAAUAAAUAAAUAAAUAAAAAGUAAAUAAAAUCUAUCCGGAACAUAGGAGACCGGCCUUGUCUGAUACGCUAUCCCAUCAAAUUCAACCUCGUCAGUGUUUCUCCUUGGAGGUUUUUGUAGGGUUUCUCUCUAAACCCACAAACCCAGCGAAAAUGGGUUCUCUGGAAAAUGGGAUAGAGGGAGCUACAAAUGGCAGAGAAGAGCAUGAAGAAGAAACAGAGCAAGAGCCAAUAUUAAUGGAGCAAUCUGAGAGGUUUUGUAUGUUUCCUAUUAGGUACAAGCAAGUCUGGGAGAUGUACAAGAAGGCUAUGGCCAGUUUUUGGACUGCUGAGGAGGUUGAUCUCUCCCAGGAUGUACAGCAGUGGGAUGCUUUGUCUGACUCCGAAAAGCACUUUGUAAGUCAUGUCCUGGCAUUUUUUGCCGCAUCUGAUGGGAUUGUUUUGGAGAAUUUGGCUGCAAGAUUUCUAAACGAUGUUCAGAUUCCAGAGGCCCGGGCAUUCUAUGGAUUUCAACUUGCAAUGGAGAAUAUUCAUUCUGAGAUGUACAGCUUGCUUUUGGAGACAUAUAUCAAGGAUUCAAUGGAGAAACAUAGAUUGUUCAAUGCAAUUGAAAGCAUUCCUUGUGUCUCUAGGAAGGCUAAGUGGGCGUUGGAUUGGAUACACAGUUCCAAUUCAUUUGCAGAGAGACUUGUUGCUUUUGCAUGUGUUGAAGGAAUCUUCUUCUCCGGAAGCUUCUGUGCCAUAUUCUGGCUUAAAAAGAGGGGCUUAAUGCCAGGUUUGACAUUCUCAAAUGAGCUUAUCUCCAGAGAUGAGGGACUCCAUUGUGAUUUCGCUUGUCUUCUGUACAGUUUGUUACGGAAGCAAUUACCUUGGCAAAAAGUUCAUGGCAUUGUACAUGAAGCUGUCGAGAUUGAGAUCGAGUUUGUUUGUGAGGCCCUCCCAUGUGCAUUGAUUGGCAUGAACUCAGAUCUCAUGAGCCAGUACAUAAAAUUUGUUGCUGAUCGACUCUUGGUUGCAUUAGGGUACCAGAGGAAGUACAAUGUGGAAAAUCCUUUUGAUUGGAUGGAGUUUAUUUCUUUGCAAGGAAAGACGAACUUUUUUGAGAGAAGGGUGGGUGACUAUCAAAAAGCAUCUGUUAUGUCAGGCCUCCAAGAUGGUGGAAAGAAUUUCAUCUUCAAGAUGGACGCAGACUUCUAGUCAUCAAUUUGUUGCAACUUUCUCCAGCAUUGUACUGAAAUGCCGGAUUUGUAAUCAAAAUUUUGUCACUCUUCUUUGUGCCAGCAAUUUGUAUAUUGUAUUUCAAGGGAUAUAUAUAAUGUCAUAGUCUGACUGAAGUUGUAUUAAUUUAUGCCAAGCCGUCCUUAGCUCGGGGUGGUUGUCAUUAUCAGUAAAGAAUUUUGUUAUCUAUAAUUUAAAAUUUCAUUAUAA